AUGUCGAGUUCAUAUAAUUACCCUUCUAACAGAGACCGCGCGCACUCAUCUCGUUCAUAUUCUUCGGACCACCAAUCACAGGGUCCACCUCCUUCUUCUUCUAACAGGAACUCUUCUUACAACCUGAAUCACCUAUUGAAUUCAGACGAUCAAUCAUUGCCUCACUCGACCAGUCACUUCUCGUUACCACCCAUAUCUUCUCCACACGCGGCACCAUAUCCUCAAUCGCUUAGUUUCUCAUACACCUCACAGGCUAAUAGUCCGCAUUAUCAACAUAGCCAUAACAAUUAUUCGAACUCUCCCACACCCACAUUGUCGCACCCCCUUCAACCUUCGAUCAAUCCUCUACAACGUUUAGCCCCUUAUAACAAUAACACUCCUUGGGAUUACAGUGAGCCUUCACGGCAAUUACCAAACGCUCCUUUCAAAUUAGAUCACGCGUCUCCAGUUUCGAAUACUCCUUCGACAUUGACAUUUUUUCAUCCGAACGUAAAUCAAAAUUCUGUAUCGCAAGAGGCAAUAUUUCAACCACCUCCAGUAAUGUCAAUUUCGGGAUUAUUGAGUAAAGAUACGAAUGAUACGGAUUAUUCAUUUCAGAAAUCGCAAAAAGAUUCUAGUGCUUAUGAAGAGAGAGGAACUUUUAGUGGUAAAACUGGUAGAUCCAACAUAGCUCAAGUUCAAACGACAGAUAGUGCGGAGGAAAAAGACAGUGAGGCAUCUAUCUCAGAUGUAAAUACCGAUAUGAGCCUACCAAGAUCUGAUCAAUCUGAAGGAGAAAGUACUGAAGAAGGACCAAGAAGUCCAAGUACGAUCGUUCCUCCUCCGCCUCGCAAAAUACCAGAGCCCGGAAAUGGGUUGGUUGUUAAAUUAAAGACAAAUUCUAGCUCUCGACCGCCAAGCGUUUCAUCGACUUCUGCUUCCCAGGAACCCGAUACCUCGUCGAAAUCUAAUAUCAUUUCUCAAGCUAUGCAGUUUUCUCAUGCUGAUAAAAUAGAACAUCAUAUUGGCAGCAACUCAUCAGAUUCAUCUGCAGAGAGUGCUGUAGAAUCUAAGGCAAAACGCAGAUCUAGCGAAUCGAGUGAAUCCGGUUCCGAAAGCGAAUCAGAUAUUGGUGAUGAAGAAAGGUUUAAUGAUGAACUUGUAAAUUAUAUGGUAGAGGUGUACAAACGUCAGAAGCGUGUAAUUGAUGAGUAUGACCGGAGGUGUCGGAUAAAAAAAGAUAUUCUUCGUAGAAGAUUCUCAUCCAAUGUUAAUUAUCGUAUCAGUAAUAAGAGAAUGUCAAAUAAGGAGAAUCAUACUAGUCUGAGUAGGGGUAUUCGUGGAAUUAGGCACAGGAUAGAUAUCAAGCGAAUGAGUCGUAAAAUGCAUUCAGAAUUUCCAGAUGAAUUUGAAGGUGGAAAUGACGAGCAAAAACGCGCUGCUUUUAGUACGAGAAUUCAAAAACAAAGAGAAGCACUUGAAUCGGAAGAGAGACGGAGGAUAUGGAAGGACAUUGUUCGUAAUGCCAUACCGAGGAUGAACAAGAUUGUAAGUCAGACUACUUCUUCACGAUCUAAUAACUGCCGAAAGAUUGCUCUGCUCUGUCAAAAAGAAGCCCGCAAAGCUGCAUGUAAAUCUUGUAAAUCCACGAAGGAUAUCCAAACGAGGUCUCGACAGGCUAUGAGACAGAUGCUUUUCUUUUGGAAACGCAACGAGAAAGAAGAACGAGAACUACGCAAAAAAGCAGAGAGAGAGGCCUUAGAAAGAAUGAGGGUAGAAGAAGAAAUGCGUGAAGCAAAGAGACAAGCACGAAAACUUAAUUUCUUAAUUACGCAAACCGAGUUAUACAGUCAUUUUGUUGGGAAAAAGAUUGGAACUCAAAACGCUGAGGAAAAUUCUGAAAAUGUAGCUCAGGUUGAUGCAGUUUCCGGUGAACAAGGAACAAGUGACCAGGGUACUGAAUCUUCGUCUACUGAUUUAAAUAUUGAAGGCGAGGGAGUUGCAGCGCCUACAUCCUUUGAAGACAUUGAUUUUGAUGAAGAGGAUGAAGAUGCGCUUAGGGAAAAAGCGCGUGCAAGCGCAAAAAAUGCUCUCGCACAAGUUAAAAAACACACACGUGACUUCGAUGGCGAUAGAAGUGGCAAAACAGCAGAUAUUGAAGUGUCCAAUGAAGAUUUGGACCAAAUGAAUUUCCAAAAUCCGUCCAGCAUGCCUUCGAUGUCGGAGAUUAAACAACCAUCAAUACUGGUAAAGGUUACUUUGAAGGACUACCAAUUGAAAGGUUUAAAUUGGCUCGCAAACCUCUACGAGCAGGGUAUCAAUGGAAUUUUGGCCGACGAAAUGGCAAGUGGUUUGGGAAAGACUGUCCAAUCCAUAUCUCUUAUGGCACAUCUUGCGGAGACGCACAACAUAUGGGGUCCAUUUUUAGUGAUUGCUCCGGCAUCUACUCUUCAUAAUUGGCAAAAAGAAAUAGCAGAAUUUCUUCCUAGCUUUAAGAUUUUGCCGUACUGGGGAACACCUAAAGAUCGAGUUAUAUUGCGAAAAUCGUUGAAUAAGAAAAAUUUAAUAUUUAACAAAGAUGCCCCAUUUCACGUUGUUAUCACCAGUUAUCAAUUGAUUGUUCAAGACCAAAGUUAUUUCGCGAGAACAAAAUGGCAAUACAUGAUUUUGGAUGAGGCUCAAGCCAUCAAAAGUUCUUCUAGUGCCCGUUGGAAAACUCUUCUUGGUUUCCAAUGCCGUAAUCGUCUCUUAUUAACGGGUACUCCUAUCCAAAAUAGUAUGCAGGAGUUAUGGGCCCUUUUGCAUUUCAUUAUGCCUACACUUUUUGAUUCUCAUCAAGAGUUUAGCGAAUGGUUUUCCAAGGAUAUAGAGAGUCACGCGGAGAAUAAAGGUUCACUAAAUGAACACCAACUCAAACGGUUGCAUAUGAUCUUGAAACCUUUUAUGUUGCGCCGUGUUAAGAAGAACGUUCAAAAUGAACUUGGAGAAAAAAUUGAGAUGGAAGUUUUCUGUCAUUUGACAGCAAGACAACGUAUAUUGUAUCGCGGACUUCGUGAAAAAAUUUCGGUAGCAGAAUUAUUAGAAAAGGCCGCAACUUUACCCGACAAUGAUAAUGUCGACAGCUUAAUGAACUUAGUAAUGCAAUUCCGUAAAGUCUGUAAUCAUCCGGAAUUAUUUGAAAGAGCAGAUGUGGUAUCCCCCUUUUCCUUUUGUCAUUACAGUGCGACCUGGCUAAUAUCACGGGAAGAGUAUCUUUAUCUUCCUUAUAACUCUAGAAACUAUAUAACUUAUGAGAUUCCAAAGAUGGUUUAUCGUAACGGAGGCAUAUUGGAUGUGCCUGGUUAUGAUUCUCAAGCCGGGUCUCGUACCAAUAUUCUUGAUAAUCUAAUGAAUAUUUGGCGACCGGAUUAUAUUCAUCAGUCACUAUGUGAUGAACAGAGCGACACUUUUGCUUUCUUAAAGUUCGUGGACACCACUCCAACUGAGGCCUCAAAUGUUUUCUUUGGGCAUUUGAUACAACGUUGGAUUUUGCAUCUUUUACAAAAGACACAUCGUUCUCGAAGAAGAUUUUAUAUGACACAGAAUGGCGAAAGCUAUCCAAAUAGUUCGAUUAAUACACAUGCUCGAUUUCUAAUUAACGAAACGGCUCCAACGCUCUCUCCUAUGAACAUCGAAAACUCGUCUGUCUUAAAUGAAUUAACGAAUAUUUUUGAAAACGUAACGAAGUAUGAAUUAGUUAUGUUGGAUAUGUGCUAUAUGCCCAAGGCUAUUGCUCCUCCAAUUCAACCUGCAUGUGUUGAUAAAUGUUUUUAUAAUGAUCAAGAAAGACUCAUGUUUGAUCCUCUUAUAAGAACUGCGCUUUUUGGAAUUACAGAAAUAUUACCUCAAGGAGAGAGAAUGAAAAAUAACAUUGUUCAACUGUUGAAUCAAUCAGAGGGUGAGGGAAUGGUUGGAAAAACGUAUCGUAAAGAUCACGGGUUUUCAUAUAUGCGAGUACCACCUCUUAAAAAAUUGGUAUUAGAUUCUGGAAAAUUAACAAAGUUAGAUGAAUUACUCAAAGAGCUCAAGGCUGGUGGCCAUCGCGUGUUAAUCUAUUUCCAAAUGACGCGCAUGAUAGACUUGAUGGAAGAAUACCUUGCGUAUCGACAGUACAAAUAUUUGAGGCUUGACGGUUCGUCAAAAAUACAUGACCGUCGCGAUAUGGUCGAAGAUUGGCAAACUAGUACCCGCGCCGGUGGAUUAGGCAUUAACUUAACGGCAGCCGAUACCGUUAUUUUUUAUGACAGUGACUGGAAUCCUACGGUUGACCAACAGGCUAUGGAUCGCGCCCAUCGCUUGGGUCAAACCAAACAAGUCACUGUAUAUAGGUUGAUUACAAAAGGUACAAUUGAAGAAAGAAUUCUCCAGCGCGCAAAACAGAAGGAUGAGAUCCAGAAAGUUGUUAUAUCCGGUGGCGAGUUCAAACAGGUUGACUUCAAACCACGUGAAAUUGUGUCUCUCCUCCUUGAGGAUGACGAGCUGGAGACUAAACUAAAAGAACAACAGUCUAAGCGAAAGGCUGAAGAAGAAGAGAAUAAGAAAAAAGGACGCAGCAAUAAACGUCGAAAAAAGGAAACAUCCACAACAACAUCUUCUGGGUCCUCAUAUAAAACCUUAGAGGAACUCUGGCAUGAAGGUGAACCUCCAAUGGUAGAAACCGAAGGGAGUGGUGUCACGACACCUUCAAGUUCCGUUGGUGGGACCAAAAAAAAGCGUACACCUAAAACAGGUGCAAAAACACCUGCCAAACCCAGGGCAAAAAAAUCAACUACGACUCGUGCGUCAAGAUCAACUAGAUCAAAGUCAAACAAUUCGGAGACCAUGGAUGUUGAAACUCUAUAA